UGUGUUCUUAAGGCACUCUGAGCAUGCUCUGAGGCUUGCUGACCAUGAGUCAUCAGCCCUGGCACUGGAGAGAGUGUUGGAAUUUCACCCUGGCUCAUAUUAUGCCGCAGCCCUGGCAGAGUGGCAGCAUCAAGUGCCCGCAUGAGCUGCUGCCCACCCUCUCCCCUCCUGGGCCCUGAUUUACUCUGAGCCAGGAGCCAUUCAGGGACCCCCUCCCCCGUCCCGCUGGGUCUGGAGCCACACAAUCAUAUCUGAGUGUGCUCUGAAACCAGGCGAGGAGGGUAGGGCCUCUCCCCCUCCCCGAUCUGCCAUCAGGUGCCAAGCCAGAUGCCCUUCUACAGACAGGAGAACAAAGAGCACCGAUUAGUUGCCAUUAAAGACAAGGAAGUAGCAGGAAGCGCCUGCACCAGAGAGAAACUGCGUCUCAAAGGGGGCUCGGGAGCCGCGGACGGCCGUCGGAAGAACGAGCGGCACCCACCGACCCGACCCGACCCGCGGGCGCCGUACCUUGUCCGGCCAGCAGCAGCACGAGGAGGCUCGGCGGCAGGAGGAGCGGGAUUCGUCGCGGUUUCGUGGAGAAGCGCCCGGACGUCGUCGGAGCGCGCAGUCCUUGCGGGGCCAUCCUGCUGCUUCCGCGGCCGAAAGCGAAAGGAGAGGAGAGGGAGAAGGAGCGGGAGCACAGAGGGAGGGUGGCGUGGGCGGCCAUGUGAGGCUUUCCGAGGUCAGGAGACGUGGAGAGGGAGGGCAGCCUCCGUCGGGCCCGGAGCACUGAUGCCGCCGGGGAGCGGCAGGACCCAGCCCCGCUGCAGCUCUCCUCCACCUGAAAGGCAGCGGUAGACUGCUGCUGGACCUAGAGGAGGGUCCUUUGGCCACCGGGCUAGUCUCCCUCGAGAGACCUCGCCGCCUCCACGCCAUGGGAGUGUCUAAUCGCCCAAAGCCGUCGAAGCAGGGUUCCUUUGUGUGCCCCCUCCUUUGAUGACUCCCCAUCCAGAAGGGGGAAGAAAGGGGCCCCUCUGUCCACUUUCUCCACACCAGGCAUAAACGUCUGCCUGAUAAGAACUUCCAUCUAGCCCGUGUCCUCCCCCCAACCGCACCCGCUUCCUUUGUAUUCCUCUUACGGAUGCCCCAAAAAUAAAACUAAAAAUGGAGUGAGGUUAGGAGCUUCACGCCCACCUUAAACCUGUUGUGGACCACCCCUUCAUCUCCCACGCCUCAGACCCUUUUGCCUUCCCCAAUUAGGGAAGGUGGGCCUGGCUGCAGCAGGGUCGGCCGAAGGGCCGCCUAGUCCAGCACCCACAAGCAGGACCGGCACACAACAGCAGAGGGAGAACAGAGCCCUUAUAAGUGGUUGCCACCGCCAACCUUGCCUUCUUAGCUCAUGACCACUUGGGUUUCUCAGGAGUCUUUGAUGAAGGGUUUGUCAAAAGCUUUUCUAAAGCCAAAACAUACAGAGCCUGCUACCAGAUCAUCACCAUUAUCCACAUGUUUGUGAGGCCAGGGCGGACCCCCACCCUGAGCAGCAGCACCGUGAGACUCCAACUUGCGUAAGGUGUGGCUAACACCUUAACACCUUAACACAGACUAACAGCACCAGAGGAGCGGUCAACCCAGGCCCCAGUAUCAUCAGGACCCGCCCCAAGGCACAGCCGGAUCAGGGGCCCUUAUCUGGAGCCUCGCUGCCUCCUGUCUCAUGAGCUUCUUGGCAGGAUCAGGACAGGACAUCUGGCUGUAUAUCAAAGACCUCCAAGACAUGGCUGCGGCUUCCGGCCAGAGUUCGAUGGUCCCCACGCCUCCCCCAUGGCUGGCUCUCGCAUUGUGGGGGGUUCAGCGGCAAUCCCUGGGAAAUGGCCGUGGGUGGUCAGCGUGCAGACCAGCACCUACCACUUCUGCGGGGGGUCCAUUGUCCACCCCUGGUGGGUCCUCUCGGCGGCCCACUGCUUCACUGAGAGAAGCGACAACAUCAAGGUGGCAGCCGGGAGCAACUUCCUUGGGAGGCACAACGUGACGCGCUGGGUGCGGAAGAUCCACAUCCACCCAGAGUACAACACCAGGACCUACAACAACGACAUUGCCCUCCUGCUCCUGGAGAGGCCCGUCCCCUACAGCCUGUACCACAGCCCCCUCUGCAUGCCCGACCACAGCAUCGUCCCCGACGACAACAUGUGGGAGGGCUGCUUUGUGGCCGGCUGGGGGCUGACAAAACCUGGUGGGCAUGGUGGACUGGAUGCUCUGCAAGAGGUGGCUCCACUCCCUCACCAAGAACAUGCUGUGCGCCGGAUACGAGGAGGGUGGCCGGGACGCCUGCCAGGGGGACAGUGGGGGGCCCCUCAUGUGCCGGCCGCCCGGGAGUGGUGGCACCCACCAACGCUGGUACCUUGUGGGGGUAGUCAGCUGGGGCCGAAGCUGUGCGGCACGCCACAGCCCUGGGGUCUACACACGGGUCUCGAACUACCAUUCCUGGCUGGAGCAGACUUCGGCCCACGACAACCACCCCUUCCGGGUGCCUCAGACUAUGGAAAGCCACUCCCCGAUGCAUGGGGCACAGCAGGAGAUGGACAUGUGGGCCGGCGUCGAGGCCGAUGCGGCUGCUGGGGGCAGGCGGCAGAGCAAGCCCCUCCGGAUCCUGUUCUGGUCCCUGGCGGGUGCCAGUUUGACCCUGGGUUGGCUGUUGCGAUGACAGGAAGGAUCAGCCACAGUGUGGUUCUGAGGGGGGGAUGAUCAUGAUGGCUGCACCUCAAGGGACUCUGGGAAAGCGUGGACUUGAUGGGGUUUGGCUCAGAGAUGAAAUAAAUAUUCUUGGAUAAGCCUGGCUCUCGUUGUUUGGGAGGAGAGAAGGAG